AUGGUGAACGGUCCCGGACUUUACUCCGACAUCGGCAAAAGAGCCAGAGAUCUUUUGUUCAAAGACUAUCAGAAUGACCACAAGUUCACAAUCACCACCAAGACUUUUACUGGAUUGGAAGUUACUUCAAGUGGAGUCAGGAAAGGUGAGAUUUUUUUGGCUGAUGUUAGUACAAAGUUGAAGAACAAGAACAUCACUACUGAUGUUAAAGUUGACACUAACUCUAAUCUACUCACAACCAUAACUGUGGAUGAAGCUGCACCUGGUCUCAAGACAAUUUUUAGCUUCACUCUACCAGAUCAAAAAUCUGGCAAGGUUGAAUUACAGUACCAGCAUGAUUAUGCCGGGAUCAAUACUAGUAUUGGGUUAACAGCAAGUCCUGUUGUUAACAUCUCUGGUGUGCUUGGAAACAAUUUGGUUUCUGUUGGGUCAGAUGUUUCUUUUGAUACUGCCACCGGCGACUUUAUCAAGUACAAUGCAGGGCUGAAUGUUACUCAUGCUGACCUUAUUGCAUCUCUAACUCUCAAUGACAGAGGCGACACCCUUAAUGCCUCGUAUUACCACGUUGUGAGCCCACUGACUAACACUGCUGUUGGGGCGGAGUUUUCACAUAGCUUUUCCAGCAAUGAAAAUAUACUCACCAUUGGCACACAACAUGCUCUUGACCCCAUAACCUUGUUGAAAGCUCGGGUGAACAACUAUGGCAGGGCAAGUGCUCUGAUCCAGCAUGACUGGAGUCCCAAAGCACGGUUUUCUCUAGUUGGGGAAGUUGAUACUGCAGCCAUUGACAAGAGUGCGAAGGUCGGUCUUGCUGUGGCUUUGAAGCCUUAG